CAACCACAUCACACUGUGCUAUACCAGCGAGACCCAGCGAGACCCAGCUCGGGCGCCGAAGUCUUCUUUCAGCCUACUUACUCAACGCCAACAUUUUCGUUCUCAACAACAUGAACCGUAUCUACAGUCGCGCUCUUCUGCACAACACCCCUCCUUCAGCUCUUCUCAAAGUGCCAGCCCGCCGUUGCUUCCAUCCCGAGCCACGAUCCUUCCAGAACAGUGCCCACGGCGCGCAUCGAUUCAUCUAUAGAUGGACCAUUCAAGCGAUCGGCACUCCCUUCGCUGUUGCCUACCUCUGCGAGAAGCUCUCGGAGCGGAAUGAUGGCGAGAGCAGCUUCAAGCUAAGCCUGCCCGAGAUUGAUACGGGGCUUUUGACCGAGCCGGUCCGGAUGAAGAGCCAGGUUUGGGGACAUAUGCGCGUGAAUUGAUGGAUUGGCUAUGGGCAGGUGGGCGGGAUAUUGAGGGGCGCAGAGGAAAAUGCGAGGUCAGCUACAGACGUCCCUGCACCUCUGAGUGCUUGGGUUUGCAUAUUAUGGAGCUCGCUUGUGCGUUGAUACACGCAGUUAGCGCUUUAUUCAUGGGAAACAAUUGUACAGCAACGACACUGGGGUAAGAAUCGUUGUCUUUGACAGAGGUUCGAAUCCCUUAUUCUGCGCAUUCCUUGGGAACAUGCCAACGAGGAUGCUGCAUUGCCUUCAUCGUCCACUUCCGCACUGAUCGCUGCACGAUGCUGGUGAUAGGAUUGCAGAACGGCAGGUAAGCAGGUUUGACGCCAAAGAGGGCUUUUGGACGCUGGGAUCAUGGUGGCUUCUGGUAGCAGAAUCACAGGGCUGCCUGAGCCACCUGGACAGUCUCCAUGUCGAGCCUCGUGCUCUCGAAUGAUGAGUACCAACCAUACCAACUGAGAUGUCGACGGCGUCAAGUGCUUCGAUGACAGCCUCUUUGACUUCUAUCUGCUCUAAAUCCUCUCGUUUUUGGCUUCACGGUCUCCCCCGUCCAGGAUGCUGGGCUUUGAUUGACUGACGGUUUAAACUGUUUUGUUCUCGGAUGGCACUGUAC